AUGACUUCCAUCACUCAACUUCUAUCACUAUAUAUGGUUUGCAAAACCUCCUCGUCGGAAGAGGAGAAACUUGCAAAGAUGGGAAAGGAACCUUCGGAUUCUUAUAGAGCAAAACGGGCUGACAAAGGAAAUGCUUCAAGUGGGAGGAUAUUUGUGACAGUACCACCAGACCAUUUUGGAUCAAUUCUUGCCGAGAAUGAUCCUAUAGAUAAUACAUGGGUUUUGGUCGGUCGUGGUUGGGAGUUUCGCUUAGAAUGCAGACAAUGGGGUGUUCAUCUCCCUCAUAUUGCUGACAGUGGCAUUAGUGGUCAAUCCAAAUACGGAGCACAAUCUGUUGUGCUUUCUGGUGGAUAUGAGGAUGAUGGAGAAUGGUUCCUUUAUACUAGAAGCGGUGGAAGAGAUCUAACUGGAAACAAACGGACAAAUAAGGACCAGUCAAGUGAUCAAGAAUUCAAGAAACACAAUCCUGUUCGAGUCAUUAGGUCUCAUAAAGAAAAACGAUCUUCAUAUGCUCCAGUAAACAAUCCAGAAAAGGGUAUUAAGGGGUUAAGAUAUGAUGGAAUCUACAGGGUUGAAAAAUGCUGGCGAAAGAAGAGAAAACAGGGUUUCAAGGUCUGCCGGUACUUGUUUGUUAGAUGCGAUAACGAACCUGCACCAUGGUCAAGUGAUGGACGAGGAGAUGUGGUGAGGGCUCUCCCUGAUAUACCCGAGCUGGAAGAUGCUACAGAUGUUUUCGAGAGGAAAGAAAGCCCUAUGUGGGAUUAUGAUAAUGAAGAUGGUAAAUGGAAGUGGACAAAACCUCCACCUGUUACCCAAAAGAAAUCUGCUUCUAAUGAAGGAAGUAAAGUUAAAGGUAAAGGUAAAGGAACUGCUGGUGGUCAGGCAAAGAAUAAGGAUAAGAAAGAGCUGUGUUGCCGUUUAUGUAAAGAGUUGAUGGUUUCUCCCGUGAUGACUCCUUGUUCUUGCACCUUCUGCAAAGGGUGUUUGGAAGAUAAGUUUUCUGGGAAGAAGUUCAUCAGAGAACGUUCAACUGCUAGUGGGCGUAGCCUUCGCACUCAGAAGAUCGUAAUGAAGUGCCCCUCAUGUACAAAUGACAUUGCUGAAUUCCUUCAAAACCCGCAGGUGAAUAGGGAUAUGCAGAUGGUCAUUGCUGAUGCAGAAAAUGUUAACGAGGAAGCUGCAGAGGAGGAAGAAGAACCUGAAGAUGAAGUUGGUUCGGAAGAAGAUGCAGCUCCCAAACGGGCAAAGGUUGAAGAAGCUGUUGAUGAGAAAACUAAGUCCAAGGAAGAAACAACACAAACACAAAUUAACUGA